GUCCUUUCCUUUGGUUACUCCUUUCGUAAUGGAACUGGAAAGAGAGAAUAAUAAAUAGUUCCUAGUUCAUGUGGUGUAAGCCUUGAGGCCAAUUUCGUCAAAUGGACCCUCAUUUGAUUUUGAGUGAAGCGAGCAAGCCAAACUAUUCCUUCUGUAACACUCUGACAAUCUCCUAAUACACACAAUCCCACCCUCAAUUUCCAAUAUUACCCCUAUAAACUGAAACUAGACAAGCUUCUUCGUCUUUGUAAUUCGUAUUCACACGCGCACUGCCACAGUUGCUUCCUCUCCUCCUCUGUUCUGAAAUCGGCAAUGGGGGAGGGGGAGAAUGUUAACUAUGAGCUCCGAUAUUCUCAGUCAAGAGCUGAUGAUCAAGAAGAAGCGAGAGCUUCUGAGCUUCGAAUAGAUGGCUCUAAUGGCGAUAAUGGUUUGAUUUCUAGCUCUGACGACUUUUUCAGUGCCGGGUUCCCGAAAAGGGACGAUUUUUCCGUUAAACCGAACCCCAGGAUUUCCUCUUGUGCCGGAUCCAACGCUGCCAAGUAUAAAUCGCUGUCGCCUGCCAGACUUCCGAUUACGCGGUCGCCGUGCUUGACUAUCCCUCCUGGCUUGAGCCCGACAACGUUGCUUGAUUCUCCUGUUCUUCUCUCGAAUAUAAAGGCUGAGCCUUCUCCUACUACUGGUACCUUAUCCAAGCUUCAAAUCAUGCAUGGCCCUGAUGGUUCUGCUACAUUCUCAUCUACAAUUGAUGCAUCCAAUAACAGUACUUAUGAUAAGCGAAGUUCUAGUGAUUUCGAGUUUAAACCCCAUAUAAAAUCAAUCCAGAGUUCAGGCCUGUCCUCUUUGGGAACUUCGGCUUCUGCAGGUCUGAAGUACCAGCAACGUGAGCCACUUGUGCAAGUCCAGGGUCAAUAUCAGUCUCACUCAUUUGCAGCCUUAUCCUCGGCUAAAAGCGAGAACUCAGCUGUCUCCUCACAUGAAUUGACACUAUCUGUAACUGUACCAAACCCACCAGGUCAAUUGGCUACUUCAGGGGUUCAAACUGCUUCUGAUGAAUUGCAGCACAAACAAGGCUCUGAUAGUGGGUUCCAGGUAUUUCAUAAUGAUCAUAAAGGAAAUAAUCCUCCUGUUGUAGCUGAGAAAACAGCAGAGGACGGAUAUAACUGGCGAAAAUAUGGGCAGAAACAUGUGAAAGGAAGUGAGUUUCCACGAAGCUAUUACAAAUGUACACAUCCUAAUUGCCUAGUGAAAAAGCAAGUGGAACGCUCUCAUGACAGGCAAAUUACGGAGAUCAUAUAUAAAGGUAGCCAUUAUCAUCCUAAACCUCAAUCUAGCCGCCGAUCAGCAUCUGGUACAAUUUUGUCCAUCCAAGGAGAAAAAUCUGAUAUAUUUUCUUCCUUAACCAGCUCAGAAGAUAAGUCGUCCAAUCCACGUGGCCAGACAACUCAUCAUAUUGAGCCAAAUGGUACCCCUGAGCUCUCUCCUGUCACAGUGAGUGAUGAUGACGUAGAAGGUGCAGUUGGAUAUUCUAACAGGGUUGGGGAUGAUUUUGAUGAUGAUGAGGAUCCUGAGUCAAAGCGAAGGAAGAAGGACAUUGGUUGUGUAGAUGUUACUCCAAUGGCUAAACCAACACGGGAACCACGUGUUGUAGUUCAAACUCUAAGUGAGGUUGAUAUAUUGGAUGAUGGAUAUCGUUGGCGCAAAUAUGGACAGAAAGUGGUGAAAGGAAAUCCUAAUCCAAGGAGUUAUUACAAGUGUACAAAUGCUGGAUGCCCAGUUAGGAAACAUGUGGAGAGGGCGUCCCAUGAUCCAAAAGCAGUUAUUACAACAUACGAGGGAAAACAUAAUCAUGAUGUACCUGCUGCAAGGGCUAGUAGUCAUGACACAACAGGAAGCACCAAUUAUGGUGCAACAUUAAAUGGUGUUUUAAGUUCUAGAGUGGAAGAAAACGAUAUUAGCCUUGAUCUUGGGGUUGGCAUCAGCUCAAGUCCCGAAAAUAGAUCAAAUGAAACGCAGCAAAUACUGGAUGCUAAACCUGCACAAAGUGUUGAAAUGAAUAUUACCAAUCCUGGUUGUAGUAUGAUAAUUCAGGCGACCCCUGUUUCGGCAUAUUAUGCUGGUUUAAAUGAUGGCGUGGCUCGGUAUGGAUCUAGAGAAGAUAGAGCUGAAAACUUUAGCUUUGAGGCUCCACCUUUAAGUCAUUCAUCUAACUCCUAUCAGCAGAACAUGGGAAAAUUACUAAUGGGCCCUUAAGUUUUAUUUACAUGUUCCAACAACAAUAAGAACUGUGGGUGUUCUCCCAAGGCAAGUAUCUCGUUGGAAGUAUAUAUAACUCACUAAAUCCCCCUAUUGCUGUAUCUCAUAACUGUUUACUGCAACUGUGUUUUCUCCUCCUGAAUGCUGCCUCUUAUUGUAUAUGCCAUUAUUAACCUUUGAAAACCCAAUGUGUACAAAUGUGACACGGGUAUACAGGUAAAAGUUUAUGACCCCAGAACUUGUAUACUAUAGCGUGCUAAGAGAAGAGCUACCUUUUUGUUUACAGUUCUUACUUCUUAGUUUCUGCUAAGAAAAACCCUAAUUGCUAUUACUUCAAUUUGGGAGAUCAGAUACCA